AAAACAAAUUAAAACGGGAGUGAGGAGAAAAGGAACAGAACAGCAGCAGCCCCACCAAGCGCCGACCUGUCGGGGAUGGCGGCUGCGGCGGCGCCGGCGGCGGGGGCGGGGAAGGGGAAGCGGAAGCGCCCCCUCUCCGAGGACGACGUCUACCUCCUCCUCCACAGGUACGCGCCUGGGACGAUCCUGACGGCGCUGCAGGAGGUGGCGCAGCACGCGGAGGGCGGCAGGCGCAUCGACUGGAAGGCGGUGGUGGGGAAAUCGGCCACGGGGAUCACCUCCGCGCGCGAAUACCAGAUGCUCUGGCGCCACUUCGCGUACAACCACGACCUCGACGAGACCGUCGACGCCGGCGACCAGCCUCUGGGCGAUGACAGUGACCUGGAAUUGGAGCCUGAACCAGUUCCCAACCCGAGCAAGGAAGCUUUAUCUGAGGCCUCUGCAUUAGCCAAGGCACUAAUAUCCGGAUCUUCACGUGAGCAAGCAUCUGGUCAACGUGUUAAUUUGGAUGCUCCUGUGCUGAACUCCCCAAAUGAAAAGAUAGUGCGGGUUCCAUCUGAGAAACAGCUUGCUCAGGGUCACCGUAUAACAAACGUUACAGGUCCUGUUUCCAACUCAAAACAGGCAUCCCAUUUAGGGCCCUCUCCUGGUUCUUUGGAUCCAAAUGGACCUUCUAAAAAGAAAAAGAAGCCUAAAGCAUGGUCUAAAGAGGAGGAUGCAGAUCUAGCAGCUGGUGUACAGAAGUUUGGUGAAGGAAAUUGGGAUUAUAUUUCCAAUAAGUGUAAAUUUGAUAGAACCCCUGAUCAGUUGUCUCAGAGAUGGGCGCUAAUUUGCAAGCGUCCAGGAGGAUCAACCAAGCCUGCUAGCACUAAGCAUGGCACUGUCGCUAGCUCGGAGGAAAGAAAGGAUGCUCUCAAGGCACUUUCGAUGGCUGUUGGUCCUAUCCGUAGAUCAUCUAUGCUAAGGCCAGGAGCCUAUCAACAAGGCAUUCAGCAUAAGUCUGCAGUGUUUGCUCCUAAGAUACCUGAAGUAAGACCCGCAGCAGCCCCUUCACCAGCACUGGCGCUUCCGGUCCCAGUGCCGGUCCCAGUGCCAGUUCCUGUGCCUUUGCCUGUGAAAGUACAAGUCAAUUCACCACUUCCUCAGGGGCAACAAGCACCUGUCCAACGUGCACCUCCAAAAUUGGCAAAUGCUUCAAAUAAGGCUCGUAAGAAGCAACCUGCCCAACCAAAUCCUCCUGUUGGUCCUUCCUCAAUAAAAGAAGCAGCUUUUGCUGCUGGUGGACGACUUGCCCCAGCUGAAGCGGCCGCAGACUUCUUAAAAGUCACGCAGAACAUAAGAUCUCAAGUAACAGGAUCUUCAAAAUCUUCUGCAGGCCCUAAAGCACCGAGUGUGGUUGUUGAACCUGGUACACAACCUGGCAGCACUCAGCAUCUAGAACCUCUAAGCACUAGCGCCCAUAAAUCUGGUCCUUCAGUUUUGACCACACAUGCAACUGAGCAAGGUCAUGGUGCUUCAGAGGUUGCCGUAGUUAAUCCUCCAGGGCCAUCUGAUGGGGCACAUUCAUUGGAAACUAAGAAAGCAUUGAGUACCACACCAGUUCCUGGUUCAUGCGACAUUGAGGAAAAGGAGGAUGACUCUACAUUUUGUGUUAUCACUAUAGAUGACUUGUUCCCUGAAGAUGCAAUGCAGCCAGAAACUGUAGAUCUCAAGGCAAAGCAGCCAGAAAUUGUCGAUCAGAAGGCAAAUCAGCAAGUUGAAAUUGUCAGUCAGAGGGCAAAGCAGCCGGAAACUGUGGAUCCCAAGGCAAAGCAGCCAGAAACUGCGGAUCCCAAGGCAAAGCAGCCAGAAAAUGCAGAUCCCAAGGCAAAGCAGCCAGAUGCAUUAAAUCCUAAGGUUGAGAUGGUAGAUCCCAAGGAUAAAGACAUGCUUGAGUUUGAUCAAUUUGUUGCUUCUCAAGGAGGAGUAAACACAGAUCAUCUGGAUAAAAGCAAGACUGGAGGAAGUGCUUCGCAGGCCCAAGGCCUUGCUGGCAGCCAGAAGAAGCAAGUGAAACUGAUGCCCACGGUAGGGAAAGGCAACCCUGUAUCAGCUGCAGCUCCAGCAACCGUAAAGAGAAUCAAAACUCCUGUCCCACAUUUAGUGAACCCGGUCCCAGCAGGCACCCCACGUGGCAUUGUUGGCACAGUCAAUGCCAAUGCGCCGAAUAAGACACUAGUAAGGAAGGCAGCUACUCCUGCUCCUGCUGGUGUCCAAGCUCCUCCCCUGAAGAAGCAUGCCGUGAACAUAAAAGGCAACCAAGCGAUGCAGCCCAGCACUGCUGUGGCUGGCUCUGGAGUACCGGCAAGCAACCAGGCUAGCGUGGCUGUGAAUGGUGCUAGCAAGGCAAACCCGCCACCCAGCAGCGCCCAGGCUAGCGCGGUGGUGAAUAUUGGUAGCAAGGCGAAUCCACCAUCCAGCGGCCAGGCUAGCAUGGUGGUGAAUGUUGGUGGCAAGGCGAAUCCACCAUCCAGCGGCCAGGCUAGCGUGGUGGUGAAUGUUGGUAGCAAGGCGAAUCCACCAUCUAGCGGCCAGGCUAGCGCGGCGGUGAAUGGUGCUAACAGGGUGGCCAAUCCCCAGUCCAGCAGACAGGCUAGUGUGGUGGUGAAUGGCGCUAACAGGGCGGCGAAUCCCCAGUCCAGCAGCCAGGUUAGUGUGGCGGUGAAUGGUUCUAACAGUGCAGCAAAUGUACCGUCCAGCAGCCAGGCUGGCGCAGCCGCGAGUGGUGCUGCUAACAAGUCGAAUCCACCAGGAGCACCCAAGCAAUAGAUGUUCUCUGACACAGUAAAUGUUGUAAUAAUCCUCGUAGGACUUUUUGCGCCGUCGAUUGUACCCUGAAAUGUGAAUAGGGCAUUAUAGACAGACACCGUGUAAUUCUUUCCACCUUGCAUUUGCAGUUGCACCCAGGAACUGUGGAGACCACUAGAUUGGAGUGAUUUUUGUCUGGUAGUUCUGCUGGUCACUAACAUAAAGACUGUUGGCCUCGUCCAGUUCCCCUUGUGAUGCUUAUGUUUGUUUUA